CUAAAAUUUAUCGCGUUUUUCAUAAAAUAUAAAUAACAUAUAAAUAAAGUAUAAGAUGUUCUGUAUAUUAAAAAAUAGUGCGUAUUCGAGAUGUAUGUAAAAAUUAGAAAUGCAUAUUUUUUUUUCCAAUAUAUUUAUAUUUUCAAUAUAACUCUAUAUAUUAUGCGCGCAAAUUCUCGCUUUUGAAAAAUUUCAGAAAAGUGAAGUUACACACGCAUCAUCAUAUCAUUUCUUGCAUAUUCUAUAUUCAUCAAAACACGUAAUUGACUAUCUCCAUUCGUUAGGGUUAUUCAAAUCAACCCUACAAGAUGUUGCACCAACCAAAAAAAUAGGAAUUCCCUCGCCGAAAAAAUGAAUGUCCAGAAAAAAAUCUUUAAUCUCUCACAACUUCGCACGAAGUUCGCAACAAAAAGUUUAUAAACAGCCAUUAACACAACAGAUCGAAACAAAUUGGUUUUUCCUUCCAAGGAUGACUAAUAACGAUAAUGCGAGCAUCACUGAGAAAAGUAUAAAGAUCUUUAUUAGAAUUUUUCCUUUCGAGAGAUUCUGUGAAUCGUGCGCAAAAAUCGACAUGAAUCGCAAGAAGAUUUUCAUACGGUAUCUACAAGAAAUGCAACCGAAUAGAAUAGCUAUACCAAAAAAACCAUCUUACUGGUGUUUUCAAGCGGAUGAAAUUUUUUAUAACUGUUCACAAGAAGAAGUGUACCGUGUUACAACCGAGGAUCUUGUACCAAAAAUUUUAGAUGGUGUGAAUUGUAUUUUAAUGGGCUACGGACAAACAGGUUCUGGGAAGAGCUUUACCAUGAGCGGUCUCCGAAACAACUGGGAAGUACGAUUAUGCGGAAUAUAUUUUCAAUUUUAAGUUUUUAUAUCGCAAAGACAGCGAUUACAUCCUUUUUCUCAGCACAGAGGCCUGGUCCCGCGACUUUUGACCCAAAUGUUUGCUGAAAAGGCGAAAAGAAAAAAAGCCAACAAAAUAGAAUACUGUAUAAGCUUUAUUGAGAUUUAUGGAAAAGAAACGAAAGAUUUGUUACUCUCUAAUACGGAUAAUAACAAAGUCAAGAUAAACGAGCGAGAACCGUUCAAGGAAAUCUCUGUGAUACCUGUGGAUAAUGAAAAUGAAUGUCUGAAAAAAAUCUUUGAAGGAGAAAUUAGGAGAUCGAUUGCAAUAGGAUCGACUUAUCCAGCCUCUCACUUAUCCAUGUCUGUGAUUACUUUUCAUGUAUCUAAUCUCAGUUUAAUAACAUCAUGGGGUAUUGUGACGACAGCCAAAAUACAUAUUGUGGAAACAGCUGGUACAGGAACAGUAGGAAAGAAUAGUUGCUGGAAAACAGCGACAGAUAUUGGUAUGGCGAAUUUAAUGAAAACUCAGCUGGAGCAAUUCUUUUCACAUAUAGAAAGUCCAGCCACUAUUAAUAUAUCACGCUCCAAUAAUUUGUUCAAGAUUUUAGGAAAUGGUUUUUCAGUUUCAUCUAUAAUUCGGUUUAUAUCUCAUAUUCGAAUCACGGAAGAGGAUCUCGACAUCACGUUAUCAACUUUACGACUAACCACAAAUAUUGCAAAGUUAAAACCAAUCAGGAUAAAAAAAGAUAUUAAAUAUGAAACGGAUUUGAUUAUAUGCAAACUUCAGAACGAAGUUAAUGCUUUGAAGAAGGAACUGAUGUUGAACAAUUUGAUUUUAAAUCAAGAAGCGAUAAUGAAUAUUUCCAAGUCUCGGAUGGAACAAAUUAACCGGAGUAUUUUUAAUUUUUUAAACGACAAGAUUUCGGACUUCACGCUGUUUAGUAUGUCCCAGGCCCAAGUAUUGUUAAAGUGUAUCAAGGAUUUAUAUAACAGAUUAACCGCCAAGGAAGUUGAAGUUGAAAAAUUAAAAGAGACGUAUGAAAAUUUAAUCAAAAUCGUGCCGGAAGUUAGUUCAGCAGCAACUUUACCCAAGAAAACUCUAUUAUCUACCGAUGAAAUCAAUGACCAGACACAAGUUAAGAGUCCUUUCUUAAAAUCUAUUGAUUAUAUGGAAGAAGAUGAAAAAGAAGAAAAAGAAGUUGGAACUUUAAAGAUACCCACGGAAGGUGUAACUAUAGGUCCCUUUAUGAAAGAACUUACUGUUGAUGAAAGUUUAAAACAACCCAAACAUAUAAUGGUGACUAAAAUUAAUAUCGAGAAAAUUGAUAUCCAGAAUAUACAGGCGGCUCGACAAUUGUUUCAUACUUUCUUAAAAGAGAAUAUAGAAUAUGCAAAAAUUAAGGACAAAUUUGAUAGAAACGAGAAGACUUUUGCUAUAGUUCGACAAAAAUUUAUAGAUACGAUUGAUAGUUAUUUCCAGUCAAAAAGAAGUGUAGAUGAUGCGCGUGAUAAAUUAAACAAAUACCGACAAGUUCGACAAGUUUUAGAAUUAGAAGAUUCAGAAAAAAAAGAUAAUAUAUGUGAAAUUGAAAGAACAAUUGAACAAAAUCUUUUAUGUUACGAAAAAGUGUCAAUUAAUUUAGAAGAAGAGGUUAAUCAGAUACAAAAUGAAAUUAACACGUUAUCAAAUCAACGUAUUGAAAUGAAGUUAAAGCUAGAAUGUGGUUUUCGAAAAUAUUGUAAACAAAAGAAUAUUUUAUUGCAUUGUACUGAAAAAUUGAUGAAAAUAUUGUUGGAACCUGAAGUAGAUAAUCUGAAAAUAAUUCAAUAUGAGUUCAAUAAGUUUCAACGAAUGAUGUUGCGAAAAACAAAAGUAAAUAUUAUUUUAAUUAAAUAUGAAUUAGAAAGAACAAAAAAAGUACGUUUUGAUAAAGGAAUAUGCAAUAGUGCUAAUACAUAG